UUGAUAUGGAUGAUGAAGACGAUUACAACUCACAGAUAACUGAUGAUACCCAGUACAAUAUCCAGCGGCAACACUCCGUCCGCGCCAUCGAGCGUGCCUGGUGUUCCUUCCGGGACCGGCGCAUGUUUAAAGUUCUGAAACGUUCCAUUUGUAGUGCAGAGAACUCGGUUACAAACGAGGUGCUGAAAAAGUUGAACCCUAAUGAAGCAUCUGUUCUUAACGAUCCUACAAUCAGUGCUAAAGUGAGAUUUCGUUUUGGAGGAGAGGAAUUUCCUCCAACAGUCAUGUUUAAAGUGUUUGUACGUGUUGGAAGCUCUACUUCCAAAUAUAUCAGUGGCAAGAAAAUGAUACGAGCUGACUCAGAGGCAGCGAGGGAUGCUCUGAAACUGAUGGGAAAUCGUAAGUACUAUGAUCAGUUAAUAAAAGAUGCGUCUCAAAAGUCAGCGAUAACUGACGACUUUGAUGUGGCUACACUCAGAGACUACAUGAUGUUGCAAGCUCACGAAGAUGAAAUGCCUUCUUAUCUUGGUGGAAGACACAACCAGUGGCGGGAGCUUACUCUGGAGAAUUUGUCCCGGAAAGACGUUCUUUAUGAUGUUGUUGAUUACAUCAACAAUGGAAAGCGAUCAGACCGAAUCCGUGAAAUAUACCCCUCACUUCCCAUCAGAAUAAUGCCCUUUUCUCAGCCAGCCCAAAAUGACUGUCUCAAACGUUUGUUGGAGUACAAACAGAAAAGAGCAACCGGAUCCCAGUCAGCCAGACAAUCUCAGCAAGCGCGGCGACGUGUAGCGAAGAUGCGCAAAAUGUACGCUGGCCAGGAAGAUUUCUCUACCGGUAACGGUAACACAACGUUUUACACGAAGGAGGAAUCAGGGCCGAGUUAUUUCCCUGAGUUGAACGUGACAAUGUCCGAUGAAGAGGAGUGGGAAAAUGAGGCGAGUCAGUUGUAUCAGUGGAGUCAGGAACUCAGUUUUAAUGAGCAUGAACUGGACUAUGCUUACUAGCAUUUGAGGUAUGCUUACUAGUCUAGUAGGGCAAAGUGUGAAUCAUUGAGAGUUUACGUUUUGACAGCAUGGCAUUGGUAAGGGGAUAAUUAUUCAAAAUUCCAGAGGUAUAAUACGUGGAGCGAUAGGACAGCUGAAGCGUGGCAUUCCUUAAACCCCUAUCAGAAUUCAGUUUGUUUCUUCAACGUUUUAAUUUGCAUGUGUUUUAAUAAUAUAGCUCUACCUAAAGACGAUUUUUAGCUAUUUCAUUGUUGAAAGGAUUUUCAAACCGAUACACAAACAAUGGAAAUCGUUGCGAAAACAUUUUGUGUUUCUGAAAAUUGAAUAUUAUUUGUGAAUUGUGUUUUUGAUUGUAAAUUUAUCUUGUAUUUUCCUUUAAAAAUUACGACCAUUGAUUUUAGUGUUCAAUUAUUUUUGUCAAUCCUUUCCUAGUA